CCAGAACAGUAAACAAUCAUGUAAUGACAUUUCCCUUACCCACACAUUUGACAGUAUCCCAAGUACAAAUAGACAUCACCGUAGAUUAUCAACCCAGUAGUAAUCUUCGUCGUGGGUUAACUAUUGCUGCUGCCCGGCAAGUUUCGGCGACUGCAUUUCCGUUCUGUGCACAAAAACAACUUUGGAAUAAGCAGCCAGGAAGAAAUUCCGACUCCAAGAAAUAUCAAAAGCUCAACAACCAUGGUGCACGCCGACGCGUCAGAUUUUGCCGAUGGAAUGAGUAAGAAGGAGGUCUAUGAACAAGUGCUUGAACAAGCGAGGUCACUGUUUGAUGGGCAAAGAAAUUGGGUCUGCAACUUCUCCAACACAGCAUCCCUCCUCUGGCACGCCUACCACUCGCUCCCCUCGCCCUCCUCCUCCGUCAACUGGGCAGGUUUCUACUUCACUUCACCAACAAACUCCUCUCAACUCCUGCUCGGCCCUUUCCAGGGCCAAGUAGCAUGCCAAACUAUCAACUUCGGGCGCGGUGUAUGCGGGACUGCGGCGAAAGAAGCAAAGACGCAGUUGGUGCAGGAUGUGGAAAAGUUCCCGGGACAUAUUGCGUGUGAUGGGAGGAGUAGGAGUGAGAUUGUUGUUCCGGUUGUUCAGGGUGGGAAGGUUGUGGCGAUUAUUGAUAUAGAUUGUGCGGAACUGGGUGGGUUUAAUGCGGAGGAUCAGGCGGCUUUGGAGGAGUUGGCAGAGUUGUUGGCGCAGUCGUGCGAUUUUUGAGGUAUGGGUAUGGGUAUGAUACGGGAGAGUUGUCAAGAUAGGGUAGAAAGAGAUAAGACGGGCACAGUAGAGGGAUUGGUAUAAUCGUAUAUUACCGCAUAUCGGAACUGUAAUUGCACUAAACGCGUUGAAGUAGAUACAACGAGUUCGAGGACGCGACUUGGUGGAACAUGGACGUGGAGGCGAUUUUUGAAGAUUCGCUCUUUGAAUUGAG